AUGACUCAAGCUUUGCUCAAUUUCCAGAUUUCUCCUUCUUUCGCAAUCUCCAGAACCCUAAUUCACUCUCACUCAUCUCUCCGGAGUUUGAAGAAUCCGAGCUCAAAAUCGCGACGAUGCCUCCUAAUCAAACGGAUACGAUGCGAAGCUUCUUCAGCCGGCGGCGGCAAUAGCUUAAGAACCUGCAAGAAUUGCAAAACCCAAUUCGAUCCUCUCCUCAAUAACCCUAGAGCUUGCAGAUUCCACACUGCUCAUUUCGGAGGUGAGACGAAGAGGAAAUUCGAGAGUGUAUACAGUGGUGGAACAAUGGAUACACCAAAUUCUGGGAAAGUUUUGCAGUAUUGGCAUUGUUGUGGAUCUGAAGAUCCUUUUGAUUCUGGUUGUACUGCUUCUCCACAUUCUACAUAUGACGAUUGA